AUGAGCGUUAACUGUAUUAGUACCAAGUUGCCGCUGAAUGCACAAAGGAAUGGCAAUGCUCUCAUCCUCUGCGUCUUUCUUUACAACUACCUCUCCGUUCGAAGUGACAGCAGCGGCUCACAAAAGGGCCUGGAUGGAUCUCCGACGGACACGAUUUCCCCAACUUUUUUUUCUAAAAGUCCUUCCUUUUUUCAACCUAGAAGCCAGCUGGCUGCCUUUGCUGACUACCAGCUCACCGAAGACGACAAGACAGUUAUUCGAGUGAUUCGAAAGUUCAAACUUUUUGUGGCAAGGAGAAAGUUUCGCGAAGCCCUCAAACCCUACGAUGUCAAAGAUGUGAUUGAACAGUAUUCUGUCGGACACUUGGACAUGCUUACAAGGGUGAAGAAUCUACAGAGCAGGUUGAUUUUCCUUCUGGCCGCCGUUCACUUAUUUAUGUAA